GAGCGCCUCUGGUUCCUCAUCCUCACCUCUUCCUUCUUCCUCACCCUGGUCUGGUUUUACUUCUGGUGGGAAGUUCAUAAUGACUACAAUGAAAUCAACUGGUUCUUAUAUAACCGAAUGGGAUACUGGAGUGACUGGUCCAUCCCCAUCCUGGUAACAACUGCUGCUGGCUUUACCUACAUCACAGUGUUACUGAUCCUGGCACUAUGUCACAUAGCAGUGGGACAGCAGAUGAACCUGCACUGGCUUCACAAGAUUGGGCUGAUCACCACCUUGAUAACCACCAUGGUGACCAUGUCAUCGAUAGCACAGCUCUGGGACGACGAAUGGGAGAUGGUGUUCAUCUCACUGCAGGCCACAGCCCCUUUCUUGCACAUAGGAGCACUUGCAGCAGUCACUGCCCUGUCCUGGCUGAUAGCAGGGCAGUUUGCAAGGACAGAGAAAGCCACUUCUCAGAUGCUGAUGUUCACUGCAUACCUCACAGUGGUGAUUGCACUUUACCUUGUCCCACUCACCAUCUCCUCCCCUUGUAUCAUGGAGAAGAAGGCUCUGGGACCCAAGCCAGCCAUUAUAGGUCACCGUGGAGCACCAAUGCUGGCACCAGAAAACACACUGAUGUCCUUCCAGAAGGCAGUGGAGCAGAAGAUCUAUGGAGUCCAAGCUGAUGUCAUACUGAGCUAUGAUGGAGUGCCAUUUCUGAUGCAUGACAAGACACUCAGGAGAACAACAAACGUGGAGGAGGUGUUUCCAGAGCGGGCCUACCAGCACUCCUCCAUGUUCAACUGGACUGACCUGGAGAAACUCAAUGCUGGAGAGUGGUUCCUAAAGAAUGACCCUUUCUGGACAGCUGGGUCUCUCUCAAGGUCUGACUACUUGGAAGCUGCCAACCAGUCAAUCUGCAAGCUGGCAGAUAUGCUGGAGGUGAUCAAGGACAACACAUCACUCAUCCUCAACUUCCAGGACCUGCCAGCAGCUCAUCCCUACUACAGCACAUACAUCAACAUCACCCUGGAAACCAUCCUGGCAUCAGGAAUUCAGCAACAGUCUGUGAUGUGGCUGCCAGACAAGGAGAGGCAGCUGGUCAGGCAGAUUGCACCAGGUUUCCAGCAGACUUCUGGCCUCAAGCUGGAUGCAGAGCGCCUGAGGGAGAAGGGCAUCGUGAAGCUCAACCUGCGUUACACCAAGGUCACAAAUGAGGAGGUCAGGGACUACAGCACAGCCAACCUGAGUGUGAAUGUCUACACCGUGAACGAGCCCUGGCUGUUCUCCAUCCUGUGGUGCGCCGGUGUGCAGUCCGUCACCUCCGACAGCUCCCACCGCCUGCGCAAGGUGCCUUUGCCCCUCUGGCUCAUGCCUCCAGAUGAGUACCACCUGAUCUGGAUCACCUCUGAUCUCAUUUCAUUUAUCAUCAUUGUAGGAGUUUUUAUAUUCCAGAAGUGGCGCCUGGGGAGCAUCAGGACCUACAACCCGGAGCAGAUCAUGCUCAGCGCCGCUGUCCGCCGCUCCAGCAGGGAUGUCAAGAUCAUGAAGGAGAAGCUCAUCUUCUCAGAGAUCAACAACGGCGUGGAGCCCCCGGACGAGCUGUCCCUCUGCUCCGAGAACGGCUACGCCAACGAGGUGGUGACCCCCGCGGAGCGGCGGGACGCCAGGCUGCGGCUGAGCUGA